GUUUAUGUUCAGAGCGUGAUUACGAGCCGCUGCGAGCGACGCAUAACACCGACGCUGCCGCAGCCGCAAACACAAACGUAUACUUGGUUCCUGCCAUCGCUGCGCCGUCGGGCAGCCUACGCAGCCACCACAGCUCCUCCGGAACCUGGGGGCAGCCUCUCCGCGGCGCGGCAUGGACCGCUCCGCCGCGGACAUCCAGGACGUCGCCGUCGAGGAGGGCCUCGAGCCGCCGCUGCCGACGGAGGCCGGUUGGCACCUCCUGGAAGAAAAGCGCGGGACGAAGCGGUGGCGCGCGUUCGACGCCGAGAUGCAAAAACAGUUGGACAGCAUGGCGAAGUCGGGGCGGACGGUGGCGCGCUUCACGGGCUUCGCCAUGAGCGAGAUGGACGGCUCCGGAAGUUCGAUGUCCUCGACGCAACAUCGCGACCGCUACGAGGUCCACUUCCCGUCGCUGAUGAUGAAGGACCUGAUCACGAAGCGCAGUUCGCGGAUCUACCGGGCGCCUGGUGAUGCUCCUUAUCCUAUUUUACCUCCAAAACCGGAGACGCCCCAUAACGCGUGCUGUGUAAUUACUUGAUGUUACU